AAAUAUGUGCUAAAAAGUUAACAGUGUCAAAUAAAACGAAACGGAGGGAGUAAUACAGUACACACCAGCCAGCCGCCCUCAGAUAGGUAGCUGUCGUGGACACGCUUGCAUUGCACCGCCCCCAAUUGGGGCCCUUUGCAGGAAUGAAUGACAUUAUAUCUACGUACGGUGCCGUAUCCGUUGCAAGCACUAUUUAUUUAUGGCGAGGUAUCCGUUGCAAACACUACUUAUUUAUGGCAAGGUGUUAGAGCAAGUAUAGUAGUAGGCUAUAAGACAGCUAAAUGCUGAGGUGAAGGAGAGAAGAGAGGAGAGAGAGGAGAAGCGGGCUGUAAACUUACAGCCGGCUUGGACACAAGAACCAAGAAACUCUGUGAGAGAGACAAGUGGGCCAUGUAUUAAUUAUAAAGAGCUAACUAUUAUAUGAGUAGGCUGAAAGAAGGCUAAAAAAAUCUUACAGCCAACAGAUCGGCUAUACUAUUAGCCUUGCUCUUAGGCAGCGGAUAUAGAUAGCUAUCGCUAAAACCGACACAUAUAUCUACCUCAAAUCAUGUGAAUAUCCACAUCGAAACACGUGAAUUAUGUUGUGAACACGAGCAAUGCGGCUAGUGUGUGCCACACACGUACCUCUUAGGACAUCGUCGUCGGGUGACUCAUGAUAUUGUUUGUUUGAAACAUAUCAUCCACAUAAUUAUUGCGUAUAGGAUAAGUACUUUUCAAACUCUAAAUACUUAGGGUAAAUUUUGAACCGCUGAAGUUUAUAUUUUUGUACACGGGAAUAUUAUUCCGAUGUAAGCUAGCUUUGUACAUACCCAUGUGAUACUCGUUAUUCAGGGCUGUUUAGAUUGUAGCCAAAAUAAAUCUUAUCAAAUUUCAUUAAUGCUAAAAUUUUAGCAGGAUUUUUUUAUAUAUUUACUAAAGUUUGGCAAGAAACUAAAUGGAUACACAUAUUUGGCAACUCUAUAUAAAAAAUGGUAUGGUUUGAAAUGACAUCAAUUUGAAGAAGCCUUAGUACUAUAUAUCCCCAUCAAACCAAUCACAUGGCACUAUUAAUAUUGCCACAUGCAAAUAUUUGCGCCUUGUAAUUAGUUGUUUUUUUCAUUUAUGCAUGAUUAAUAUAUGUAUAUGAUGCAUAAAGUAUACACAUAUGUUGUAACCUUGAGAAAAAAUAACUACUAAGCCAAUGCACAUGUAGCACCAUACAUAUAUACUACUCCCUCUGUUUCAGUUUAUUAAACGUUUUCAAGUCAAACUGCUUUGAGUUUGUAGAAAAAAUUAUUAUGAAAAUAUAUUUAAUUAUUAAUUUAAUGAAAGUAAUUUAGUAUUAUAAAUAUUACUAUAUUUGUCUAUAAACUUAGUUAAAUUUAAAAUAAUUUAAUUUUGAUUAAAAUCAAAACGUCUUAUAAGCUAAAACGGGGGAAUAAUAUACAUGCGCUUGACUCGUACGAAUUAAUAGACCAGACGAUAAAACCAACAAGCAAAUCAUGAAAAGCUUAUCUUUAUCCGAAUUAUGCAAGCAUUAUUUUUUAAAAAAAAUACAAGUAAAAAAUUAGCCUAAAGGUCCAUAUUACCGAGUUCGUGUAAGGUCCUCACGCAAUCAACACUCGACACGGGGGCAGGCAGAGGUGGCUGUCAUGGACGUAUGUAAUAUAAGGACACGCGUAAUUACUUUGCGCCAAAAGAAAUCUGAAACAACAUACUCUGGCAAUGUAUAGAGCUCCUAUCCUGUGGUGAAUGGCUAUCAGCCUCGCAAGAGCUAGCUAUCUGUCGUGUUAAGUGUAUCAACUUAUUUUUUCUAGCUAAUCCUUUUAAAAUUUCAUUAAAUAUACAAAAAAAUCUAAUAACAUUUUCAACAAAAAAAUAAUUUUAAAAAAUAUUUAAUGAAACUAAUUUACGGCACUACACCCUUUGUCACAUAAAACCAACUUAGUCUGGAUGUGACACAUCAUAAUAUUACGAGUCUGGACAUACACCUGUCGAGAUUCGUUAUACUAUAACGUGUCACAUCACGUUUUUUUAGGGACGGGGGGAGUAUGUCGUAGAUAUGUUACUACGAGUAAUUUUUUAUGUAAAUUUAGUUAAAUGUAAAAAUAUUAUUUUUUAAAAAAAAGAAAAACAACGUACAAUAUAAAACGGGGGAGUAGGAAAAUACUAGCAACGGCAUGCAUAGAUUGCGUGCACAGUGCACACCUCGUUUUCUAUUUAAGGCCAAGUGCACUAGAGAAACACAAAACACCUGAAGCUUUCCCUAAAAAAAACACCUGAAGCUAGCUAGGUAGAGCUCACUGUUACCUACCAUGCCUUCUCAGCAGCGCAGCAGCAGUGGUAGCACUGCGAAGGCCGGGGACGCCGAUGGCGACGGCGACGCCGCCGCCGUAUCCUUCCUCGGCGACAAGUCGGCGAAGGUCUUCAUCGCCGGCCACCGCGGCAUGGUCGGCUCGGCGGUGCACCGCAAGCUGGACGCGCUGGGGUUCACCAACGUCGUGGUCAGGACUCGCGCCGAGCUCGACCUGGCGUGCCAGGCCGCCGUGGAGGCGUUCUUCGCCGCCGAGCUGCCGCGGUACGUGAUCCUGGCGGCGGCGAAGGUCGGCGGCGUCCACGCGAGCUCCGCCGCGCCGGCGGAGUACCUGACGGAGAACCUCCGCAUCACCGUCAACGUCGUCGACGCCGCCCGCCGCUGCGGCUCCGUCCGCAAGCUGCUCGUCCUCGCCAGCUCGACCAUCUACCCGGCGGACGCGCCGCAGCCGACGCCGGAGUCGGCCCUCCUCACCGGCCCGCCGGCGGAGGGGAGCGAGUGGUACGCCAUCCCGAAGAUCGCCGGGAUCAAGAUGUGCCAGGCGGUACGCGCCGAGUACGGCUUGGACGCCAUCGCGGCGGCGCCGAACAACCUGUACGGGCCGCGCCACCCGUUCCCGCCGGAACACUCCCACGUCAUCCCGGCGCUGAUCCGGCGGUUCCACCGCGCGAAGCUCGAGGGCGCCGGCGAGGUGGCGGUGUGGGGCAGCGGCGCGGCGGCGCGGGAGUUCACCCACGUGGACGACCUCGCGGAGGCGGUGGUGGUGCUGAUGGAGAGGUACUCCGGGGAGGAGCACGUGAACGUGGGGAGCGGGGAGGAGGUGACGGUGAGGGAGCUCGCGGAGGCGGUGAGGGGGGUGGUCGGGUACGAGGGGGUGGUGGCGUGGGACGCGGCGCGGCCGGAGGGGGUGGCGCGGCGGGUGGUGGACAGCGGGAGGAUGAGGAAGCUGGGGUGGGAGCCGAGGGUGGCGCUGCGCGACGGCAUCCAGGACCUCUACCGCUUCUACCUGCGUCACGAGUGCGGCGGCCAAGCUCAUCAUGCAUAGGCGAGUUUUAUUGUGUACCAUAUUAAACCACGUACUCCCUUCGUCCCAGUAAAAAUUCAAAAUAAAUCUAGUAUCAGACGUGAUAUAUUUUAGUAUAACGAAUUUAGACAUAGAUAUGUCCGGAUCCAUAGUAGAUAUAGUUGGUUUUUUAUAGAACGGAUGAGUACGCGCGCACACAAAUGUGUAGUACAUCUGGUUCAAUAAAGUUGGCAAAUGAGAUUGUAUGGAGCCAGUUAA